AGGCCGGGGUCCGCGGGCGAGCAGCCGCUGCAGAGGAGGCGAGGGACUGGGCCUGGCCGCGGAAGGCGCCGGCCGCAGGCGGGGUGCUGACCCCGGGGGGCAUGGGCAUGUGGCGAGGCCGCCGGGGCGGAAAAGAGGCGUGGGGCUGGCCCGGCCGCGUCGCACCAGAAGGUCCGGGGGCCCUGGGCGCCUGCGGUGCACCUGGCCCUUCGCCAGCUGCCCCGACGGACCACGGCGGGCACCGGGUCCGGGUGAUGUGGUCCCUCGAGGUCUGUUGAGGGCCGUCCGCGCGGCAGGCCCGGUGCUCCGUGGCUCCUGUCUGGAGGAGAGCCUGCACAAUACCGGGCAGUCGGUGGUAAGGCCGCGGAGGUGGCCCAUCUUCCAGGCCCUGGGAGGGCCCUGGGCUCCCUAGAAGUGACAUCUGAGCCCAGACGUCAGGGGGAAUAGGACACGGAACCCAUGGUAGUAGGUCUGCUGCAGACCGAUUUGCUGGAUGACAGUGGAGAACUUUUAACAGCGGUCCUCUUGGGCUCGAUGACGAUAUUUUUAUUUCGAAGAUUUUUCAAACGCACAGCAGAGUUGAAGGAACCGGAUACACAGUGACCAGUCGUGUUCUCAACACCGAGGUUCUGCUUCUGCCCUUAGCAGACUCCCCCUAUACUUGGCGUUAUUAUGUAACUAUCACCCCGCCCCGUUAAUUCAUCUUGCAUCUUAGUGCAUUUUAAAAUAAAUUGCAGACAUUAGGGCACUUGACUAAAGACUUCAUCAUGCCUGUCAUUGACUAGAGUUCCACAUUUGUUUGCAGUUUAUUUCUCUUCACGAUUGUCAUUUUUAACUCUACAAGACUCCUCAAGAUUUUCCAGUCCCUCAAUAUAUAAAAUUGCCACGGGCAGAGAUGCUAGGCAUCUAGCAUCUAGUCCCCACUACUCCAAGCUGCCCUCUCUGCACCCUUGUUGGCAGGGAAGCGUAUCCCAUGGAGCACCACAGACUUACUAGGCUGCUAGUACAAUGCUAAGGCUUCUUUACAUUGGCAAACCACAGCUCAGACCAUAAAGGGCUAAAACGUGGGAAAUCAGUUUGGGACUGAGGGUUUAGGGUUUUUGGGGGGAGAGGGAAUCCUGAGAGCUAGAGUGGUCACAGAAGGCCUCAGGGAAAAUGUGGAUUUUCAGCCAGACUCUGAAGGAUGGGGAAGUAAGGCAGUGUCUGCGGGGCACUCCCUUCAUCUCUCAGAAACCGGCAACCAAGCAAGGCACUUCAAGCUGGUCCCUGGAGAAGGGGCCUCCCCCAGUAUUCCUGUCUCCAGCAGUGCAGAGCUUUCUGCCUGCUUCAUUCCCAGCUGGCCCUGCCCACCUGGCCCUGGGGGUCACCCAGGGCAGGACACCUGGCAAUGCCAAGAUGCUCUGUAGCUUUUUUGAUUGUCCUCAGCUGUUUGACAGAAGCCUCUGUUCGCUCCUGGUGGUUUGAACUCUACACAGGAGAGUGAGGAGCUUCCUUUGAGGAUGGCUUCACUCCCAGACUGCUGCAGGGUCAAAUCUGAGUACCUCUGUGUGAUGCUGGACCCCUUCAUGCCCGCCCGCCCCCAGCCACCACUGUUCCACACACCACACCCUGUUCGCUAGGGAGAAUGUCUCUUUGCUGCCUGGCAAAGCCGAGUGUCCUGCAGGGUCCAGCUCAGACUUACUUCCCCUGUGAAGCCUGUGUCCACAUCCUUAGGCAGAAUUGGCUGCUUCCUCCUCAGGAUUCCCUGGAACCCUGUUGGACUUGGUCACACGUUAUUGCAGGUCAUUGUGCAGGAGUCUGCCCAUGCCUUGCAUGAGCUCCAGAGGACAAAAGUCCUGCUUGAUUGUCUUGUGCCUGAGCACGUCUUAUCAUGGAUCAGAGAGUGGGUGUCAGUCUGUGGGUGUUGAAUGAGCUGCUCCUCAAUGAGGUGAGCUCUUCCGCUUCCCAGUGGGCAGCCUCCAGGCCUCGUGAUACUAGUUCCUCUGAAAAAUGGGUAAUCUGGGGCUCUGUCGCAAGCAAAUGGGAAGGUCGUAAAAGGUUAAGGGCACUCUUGGACAUGGCUUUGUAAACACUGAAAAGGAGGAAGUGGUUUGCUUUUUUCAAGAUGCAACAAAUACUUAGCUUUACCACCUGCCAGGAUCUGGGGGCGUAGCGAGCUGCUCUUGGUCCUUAAACGGACCAGUGGAAGAUAGUGUGCCAAGCACAAGGCCCCAGGGGAGGAGCGUGUGCUGUAGGAAUAUGUGGGAGUAAUACCUGACCUGUCGUAAGUGAGCCAAGCCAGCCAAGCUAUAAUUCCACUUGAGGGCCACAGAAGCAGUAAGGCAAAAGGCGACAGCAUUCCCGACAAAGGGAGCGAUGUAGGCAAAGGCACAAGUGUGAGAGAGCAGUCCUGGGUUCCAUGGCCAAAGAAGUCAAGGUGGACAAGAAGGUGGAGCACUGGGGGUUGGGGCAGGGAAUACAUAAGUAAAUGGAGGCCAGAUCAUAAGGAACCUAGUAUUUUUUGCCUUCUUGACAGUAGCUAGUUGUCCGUCAUGGGUCCAGUAUGGGUCUAGUAAGGAUUUACUAGAUUUCUCUCCUUUUCUCUUUGAACAGACUGCCGGAUGAGAAGGCCGUGUCUCCAAUUGUGGGAGGUGCAGCUUUCCGGUUCAGUAGCUUCAUAGCUGUCUUGCUGUCUUUGCACAGUGCCAUUGAGCAUUAGUAACUACAUUAGGAUCUGUCUGGACAAUGGUGCCUAGUAACCCCUCAGCCCACAUUGCCAGUGCAACAGUUUUAUCUCUGGCUUGGAUGACAACACUCAUGGCAUAUGAACCAAGUUUGCAAAUAGCAGGAAGGCAGGAGGCAUAGUAAAGACAGUGGAUGAUAAGAUUCCAAAAGACCUCAAAGCUGAAACUGGAACAAGAGUCCAAACCGGUAUAGAGGGCCCUGCGUGGUAGUGAGCGACCCAUCAUGGGGUGCAUUCCAGUCAUGGUAAACACGGAUGUAGAAGUGAUUUAAGUGUCAGGUGGUAGAUUGCACUAGAACAAGGGUUGGCUGACUUCUUCAGGAAAGGGCAAGGGAUUAAAUACUUGAGGCUUUGCAGGCCAUACAGUCUCUGUGGCAACCACUCACCUCUGUCGCCCUGGCAUGAAAGCAGCCAUAAACAAGCUGCAGAAAGAGGCUGCCUGUAUUCCAGUAGAACUCUGUUUGCUGAAACAGUCGUGGGCCUAGAUUUGGCCUGUAGGCGGUAGUUCGCCAACCCCCAGGUUCAGGAGUGGUUUCCAAAUACUGAUCUAACCUAACAGUAUCUGCCAGUGACCAGGUUUCCACCAGUUUGUAGUGAAAUAAUCGGGGCAAUGUAAGGAGUUCAUAUAAAACCAAAGGUAUUCUCUUUAAAUGACCAUCCAGAAUUUUAAGAUUCUUUCUGGCUAAUGUGUCUUUUUCAAUAUAAAAUGAGGGUCACGGUAGGUGACAAUUUUCAGAUUGUUCUUUGCUCUUUGUUUACUAAGAACUAGCCUUCAGAUUUCAUUUUUGAGAUGUGAUAAGCCUAUGAAAUGCAAGGGCCUGGGAACCACCUCCCAGGGCGCUGGGAGGGUGGGACCUGCAGCCUCACGCCUGUGCCCUGUCUCUCCCCACUCCGUGCCCUGUCUCUCCCCCCUCCGUGCCCUGUCUCUCCCCCCUCCGUGCCCUAUCUCACCCCCUCUGUGCCUGGUCUCUCCCCUCCAUGCCCUGUCUCUCACCUUGCCUGCCUCCUGGGCCUGCGGACAGCCGUGGUUGGGGCCGGAAUUGGGGGCUCUGCUGUGGCCCAUUUCCUCCAGCAACAUUUUGGCCCCCGGGUGCAGAUCGACGUGUUCGAGAAGGGGACCGUGGGCGGCCGCCUGGCCACCAUCUCAGUCAACAAGCAGCACUAUGAGAGCGGGGCCGCCUCCUUCCACUCCCUGAGCCUGCACAUGCAGGACUUCGUCAAGCAGCUGGGCCUGAGGCACCGGCGAGAGGUGGUAGGCAGGAGUGCCAUCUUCAGUGGGGAGCACUUCGUCCUGGAGGAGACUGACUGGUACCUGCUGAACCUCUUCCGCCUCUGGUGGCACUACGGCAUCAGCUUCCUGAGACUGCAGAUGUGGGUGGAGGAGGUCAUGGAGAAGUUCAUGAGGAUCUAUAAGUACCAGGCCCAUGGUUACGCCUUCUCAGGCGUGGAGGAGCUGCUCUACUCGCUCGGGGAGUCUGCCUUUGUCAACAUGACCCAGCGCUCUGUGGCCGAGUCCCUGCUCCAAGUGGGUGUCACUCAGCGCUUUAUCGACGACGUGGUCUCUGCCGUCCUGCGGGCCAGCUAUGGCCAGUCCGCAGCGAUGCCCGCCUUUGCUGGAGCCAUGUCAUUAGCCGGGGCCCAGGGCAGCCUGUGGUCUGUUGAGGGAGGCAACAAGCUGGUUUGUUCCGGUCUGCUGAAGCUCACCAAGGCCAACGUGAUCCAUGCCACAGUGACCUCUGUGACCCUGCAAAAUACAGAAGGGAAACCCUUAUACUAUGUAGAGUAUGAGAACGAGGUGGGCAAUGGCUCUGACUUCUAUGACAUCGUGGUCAUUGCCACCCCCCUGCACCUGGACAACGGCAGCAGUGGCAUCACCUUUGAAGGCUUUGACCCACCCAUCGAUGCUGCCCAGGGCUCUUUCCAGCCCACCGUGGUCUCCUUGGUCCAUGGCUACCUCAACUCUUCCUACUUCCGUUUCCCCGACCCUAAGCUUUUCCCCUUUGCCAGCAUCCUCACCACAGAUUUUCCAAACUUCUUCUGCUCUCUGGACAACAUCUGUCCUGUCAACAUCUCAGCCAACUUCCGGCGGAAGCAGCCUCAGGAGGCCGCUGUUUGGCGAGUCCAGUCCCCCAAGCCACUCCUGCGGUCCCAGCUGAAGACCCUCUUCCGUUCCUAUUACUCCGUGCAGACAGCUGAGUGGCGGGCCCACCCCGUGUACGGCCCCCACAGCACCCUCCCGCGCUUCGCCCUCCAUGACCAGCUCUUCCACCUCAAUGCCCUGGAGUGGGCGGCCAGCUCUGUGGAAGUGAUGGCUGUGGCUGCCAAGAACGUGGCCCUGCUGGCCUACAACCGCUGGUACCAGGACCUAGACAAGAUUGACCAAAAGGAUUUGAUGCACAAAGUGAAGACCGAGUUGUGAGGGUUUCACAGUGAACCUGGGCCAUCCAUCCCCUGCUGAAGAUGGAUCCCACCCCCUCCUCCCCUACCUCCUGACCCCCACAGCGGCCUCAGUUGUCCAGGCUGUGCUCCCCCGCCAAGCCUUUCCAGCCCCUCAUACAUCAAGCUGCUUCUCUUUCCAGUGUGGGUCCAGAUGGCCCACUCUCUGCCUCUCUAUCUUAAGGACUUUCACAGUGUUUGCUUCAUUUUAAGGAGGACAAUAAGAGAAGGGAAGGAAAUUCAAGCCUAGGUAUUCAUUUUAUUUAUUUUUUUUAAGAAGAAAUAAAAAUUCAUCCUCUCCA